AUGGAUGAAAUUUCUCAUUCUGAUGAUCUUGAUAAUUUGGAAGAUUUGGAAGAACAUGAAGAAGAUGAUCAUCAAAGUAAAGUGAAAGGGAAACGACCAAUAUCUGAUUCAAGCAAUCAUCCUACGGUCCAAGAUAUCGAUGAAAUUGUCAAACAAAGAUGUGCAAAAAAUAAAGGACAAUUUGAUGAAAAUAAAAAGAAGUUAAGAGAUAUUGCAGUUGAGAAAUUUGCAAGAUGGAUGUAUGAUCCUAGAAUUCCCUUCAAUGUUGUUAAAUAUGUUUCUUUUGAGCCUUGUAUUGAAGCUAUUGGACAAUUUGGAUCGGUGAUGAAACCUCCAUCAUAUCAUGAAGUGAGGGUUAAGUAUUUGACGAAGGAGUUGCCAAAUACAAACUCGCUUCUCAAAUCCCAUGAAGAAGAUCAUGAUAAGUUUGGGUGCACAAUCAUGGCAGAUGGAUGGACCGAUAAAAAGGGUAGGACUCUUAUAAAUUUUUUGAUGAAUGGUCCCAAAGGAAGUGUAUUUGUCGAAUCAGUUAAUGCUUCAGGCUAUUCUCACACAGCGGACAAGAUGUUUGAGUUACUUUCUAAAUAUGUGUAUCGCAUUGGAGAAAAAAAUGUGGUUCAGAUUGUAAUAGAUAAUGCAAGCUACAAUGUCAGUGCAGAUUUGUUGCUCGAGGAUAUAUUCAAAAUUCCUCAUCUCAAAAAAUUGCAUGAACGAGGGUUGAUGGUUAAUGGUUAUAUGUACAACAGACCACAAGUAUUGAGCAUGGUGAGAGUUUUUACUGGGCAGAGAGGCAUGGCUGUGAACGCAAUUGGAGUGUUUUUGAACAUGGCAUCCUCAUCUGCAUUAGCAAAAAGAAAACAGUCUUCAGCUCAAACUAGUCUUGUAAAUGAAGAAGAAAUUAAUCUUGAUGAUGAAACUGAAGAAGAAAAUACUGAUGGAUACAAAUCAUGUGAUGGAGCUGGUGACAUAGAUUUGGACAAUGAAGAUGAAAAAACUGAUUAUUUUGAUAUUUGA